GGCGCGGAAAAUCGAGAACCCGAGAGCCGGAAGAAAGAGGGCGCGGAAAAUCGAGAACCCGAGAACCGGAAGAAAGAGGACGCGGAAGGUCAAGGACAAGGGAUCGCGACGAAAAAGCUCACUACCAAGAUUUAUUUUGAAGAAGCCCGUGAAUUUAAAGCAAUUCAACUAUCAUCGAGCAUGACAGCCUUAGACGUAUUGACCUUUUUCCGCAGCAAUCACGCAAUUACGGAUGCCGAUGCGUGGACUUUGUUUGAAUUUAUCAAUGAUCUAGACUUGGAGCGUCCAUUGAGAGAUUGGGAAUGCGUAUCAAAAGUCAUCGGAACAUGGGAAUUAGGUAGAAAUAACUCACUAGUGUUGAAGAAAUAUCCGUAUAGAAGUUCCCUCACAUUAAAUGGUUUUAAUAAUGCGACGCCACCAAU